AUGACCAGUUUCGUCUCAACAAUUAAAGGUGGCUGCAAAGUACUUUUCACCCCCUUAACUUCGUCCCUUUUCAGCUUCAAAAAUUGGUUUCAUCGUGAAGUCAGGCCAACGCUCGAAGGUAUCAUUUCCGCAAUCAACCGUUUAUACCGUAUUCAUGUGCGUCCCUUAACAUCACGCUAUGUUCAAUUCAUCUACGAGCACCGACUUCCAAUAGCCCUUGGACUUCUGAGCAUUAUCGUGAUUAUCUGGCCUGACAUCGUUACCGCACCAUUGCUUGCUCUCUUAGGUUUUAUGAUUUUAGGUCCUGUUGCUGGAUCUAUAGCCUCACUUGCUCAGGCGAUCCUCGGAAAAAUCGCUGCUGGUAGUGUAUUUGCGGUAUUGCAAAGUGCUGGUAUGGCUGGCUUUGGGUUGGUAUUGAUUAAUGGUAUUGUUGUUGGGAUUGCUGCUUCGGUCUUGGUUAUGGUUAUCAUUCACUUGAUUGCGGAGUGGCGAGUCUAG